GACGCCCGCCUGUGCAGCCUGCCGUAGGCAGCCCGUUCUGCAGGGAGGUUGGACUCAAUGAUCCCUGGGGGUCCCUUCCAAGCCCCGUCCUGUGAUUAUUUAGCAAGGAAAGGUUGGAGAGGCUGUUUGCUAAUGGAAGAUGGAGAGAGGAAAAGCAAGUCAGAGGCAUGCUGUGCAUAGCCAGCACAGAGCAUCUGCACCAUUUCGCCCUGCACAAAGGAGGAGCAGCUCAGCAAGCUCGGCCUGGGCCAUGGAAGGGAGUGCCCAAAUGUCUGGACCGACCCCAAACGAGCUGGUUCUGCAGACAAAAUCCAGCCAGCACGAGGAAGGAAUCACCAGCUGGAAGUUGGUGUUGCUGCUUCAGCCGAAGAAAACCAUCCUCUGGGGCCAAACGCCAACUGCAGCGCAAUGCCAGGGAGCCCUCAGAAACAGAAGUCAUAGUCCUGGCAGGUGAAUUGAGCCCUUGCCAACCCACAAGAUCCAGGGCAAGUAGCAGUGAUGCACUGUGUGCUUCCAUCAGUGGAGAGCUCCUAGGAAGCACAAAUCACUGCAGUUCAAACGGCAGCCUUCCAUGUAACAUCAGUGAUGGACAGAAGGAGCUCAUCCACGUUCGUGUUCUGAUUUCUCCCAGCUCUGCUGAGGAUGCUGACCUGAGUCUUCCAGCCACCGCAGUCACCAGCCUGGCUUGUAACCCAGUGCCUUCGCAAUGCAGCCCAUCCCAAACAUGGGCUGAGUGCUCCAACAGCAGCACCUCCAUGCAGGAGCAGGUCAGCAUCAGUGAGGAGGAGCAGAGCCUCUUGGAGGGGGACUUACAAUCAGGCCUCCAGUUCCCAGGCACCGGGCAGCAGCACUGAGAGCUCUGAGCCACUCUCUCCAUGAUAAGAGAAGAUGAUUCCUAUCUUUACCUGGACCUCUCACACCCUCCUGUCUUUUACAUAAUAAUAAAAGCACACUCGUGCUCACUCAA